GCUUGUUGUAAGAUGUGGCUUGCGACUGCGCGCAACGAACGAGCCCGCUUACGUACUGCAGCAACUGCACUGAAGUGAGGCGGCGGGGUUAGGGUUAGGACCCGAGCGGUCAUGUACGGACGGCCAAAGAACUCCAAACGCAAUGCCAACUGCAGGUUUCCUCUGGAGUUCCUGUCGAGAUCAGGACAACGACACCCAUACACUCAACAAUGUUCCGGAAACCUUUCGCAACAAAGACAGAGUCCCAGUUGCGCUCCUCAGAUAGGAGGAAACUGCGCGCAGAACUACUGGCUGCUUAUCCCGCAUCCACAGAGGAGCGCAUCGCAGAGCUGUUUGGAGACGGAGGAGGGGCCGACGUCACGUCUGUGAAGUUUACUGCUCAUUCAGGAGAACAGGGAAUUCUGAUAUCGAUAAAAGGGCAGCCGAUAUUAUGGAAAGACUUAGACGGGAACCUUUUCCCAACAGUAUACGCGCUAUGGACGGUCCCAAACAUGUUACCAUCGAUAAUGACCCACGGCCCGGUCCUACACAAGUUGUUUGAUGGUGCAGAUCUGAUGCUACCUGGAGUGAUAAUACCAGCCGAAGGCUUCGGGGAUCUGCAAUACGGCGAUAUCGUCUCGAUUACAGUCCGAGGGAGUCUGAUGCCGAUGGCCGUAGGAACCAUGGCGAUAUCCAGCGACGAGAUAAAAAAGAGCAACUAUGCCAUGCGAGGGAAGGGCGUGCAUAUUUUGCACACUUUUGGAGAUACAUUAUGGGCGAGCGGGGAUAAGUCGACCCCGCCAGAUCCGGUAGAUGAGGCGGAUACGAGCGGAAGUUGGAGCGAGAUAUCAUAUCCUCAUUCGGGAAUGAGCACACCAGUGAACGUGGACGUUGUGACAGACAGCGUGCGGAGCCUAUCCAUGAGCGUCCCAGACGACGAGGCUACCCAACCAAACCACACCGAAGCCGCCGAUGAAGACGACACCUCCUCGAUACCACAGCUCACACCAGCAGAGAUGGACACCCUCCUCUCAACGGCCCUCCUAACCGCCCUCAAAACACUCCCCACCGACUCCAAAACCCUCCCCAUGCCCUCCAGCAUCCUGUACGCGAACCACAUUAUGCCCUCCCGCCCACGCGGCACGCACCUGGACAUCAAACAGUCGAGCUAUAAGAAAGUGGGCAAAUUUCUGAAGGCGAUGGAGAAAAGGGGGUUGAUCAAGUUGAAGGAACGGGGCGGAGAGACCUUGCUUGUGGGUGUUAAUGGGGUGCAUCCUUUGUUAAAGGAGUUCGAAGCACCACGUAAAAUUGCACGAGACGAGAAGAAAAAGGACUCCCAAACAACAUCCACCGGAACCGGACCCGCCCCCGGGUCUUCCAACGGAACAAACCCCGCCCCACCAUCCAUCAAUCAAAUCAUCUCAAUAACAGAGUUCUUCAAACCCUCCCAAAAGGAGCUGAGGUUCUUUGAGGAAGUGGGUGGGAGCAAGAAUGAUGUGUACUCGGCAGCGGAUAUUCGGACGGCUGUGACGGAGUAUAUUUCGGCUAAGGGUUUAGUGGAUGAUGUUAAUCCAAGAAUGGUAAAAAUCGACCCAACCCUUUGCGACACAAUCCUCCAAAAACACGAAUACACCACAAUCGACUACCUCCCCCGCGAUGAAAUCGUCUCCCGCUUAAGAAACCAAAUGCCCCAAUUCCACCAACUCAACCUCCCCGCCUCCCCGCAAGGGUCCGUCACAGAACUGCGCAAAGGCCCCCUCAAACCCCUCCAAAUAACAACCGAACAGCGCCAGGGGAGAAAGAUGGUGACGAAGGUCGUGGGUUUGGAACGGUUUGGGGUCGACCCGGAAACGUUUGCCGGGGUUUUGAGGGGCGUUUGUGCCUCUAGUACCUCACUAUCGCCCCUCCCCGGCAAAGCAAACGCCCACCCGACGUACGAAGUGAUGGUGCAGGGGAACAAAGUGAAGGAGGUGUGCGGGGUUUUGGAGCGGGAGUACGGGGUCCCGUUUAGCGGGGGCCGGUCGAGGUUUGUUGAGGUUUUUGAGAAGGGGGGGAAGAAGUGAGGAGCGAAGGAGGAGUGCGCGUAGUGAUAAGGUUUAGGAAGUAGGCGCGGCGUGUGGAUCUGGGUAGGGAUUUUGAGACGUAGUUUUUUUUUGUGUAUAAUGGCAUAGUUUCUCGAGGAGCGUCUGAUAUUUGAUGGCGACGGCUGCUUCGUGGGGAGUCACAGGAGAGGAAUGUUGGUUGCAACUUGCCCGACGG